GGGUUAAGAACUUGUGUCUGUUAAAGCAGCCUCCCUCGCUAUCUGUCUCUCCAGUCGCCGAGACGGACUGCUCUCCUCCCUCCUCUUCCUUCGCCCUCUAUCAGAGAAGCCACCUGAGGUAGGGAUGAUUCCUUGGAGCGGGUUGGGCUGCAGCGCCAGUGCAGCUGUGCUUUGGCUUCUGGGGAGGAGCAACGGAAGGGAGUCCGAUGCUCUCAAAUCGGUCACUCGAGUUAACCACUUGAAAGAUUUAGCCAUUCUUCUAGAUACUCCUUGCAAGGUAGUUCCUCUUGUUGUUACUGUAACUGGAAAAGUCGACUCAGAAACGCCAAUAAACUGUGAGCAAAGCGGUUUGAGAGGUGUCAUAGUUGAGGAAAUGGCAGAACAACAUUUCUUAAAACACAAUGAGGUUGGAUCCUGGGUGCAAGAUUCUGCUCUGAUGCUUACAUUGAGCAAAGAGGUUCCUUGGUUCUUGGAUGAUGGUACUGGACGUGUGUUUGUUGUUGGAGCUCGAGGUGCUACAGGAUUGGUGUUAACUGUUGCUAGUGAAGUCUUUGAGGAAUCAGGGAGGUCAUUGGCACGGGGGACACUUGACUAUUUGCAGGGCCUUAAGAUGCUUGGAGUUAAGCGAACUGAAAAAAUUCUUCCUACUGGGACUGCAUUAACUGUUGUUGGUGAGGCAGCAAAAGAUGAUGCUGGAAAAAUAAGGAUACAGAGACCGGACAAAGGUCCAUUUUACAUCUCCCCUAAGAAUAUUGAUCAGUUAAUUGCAAAUUUAGGGAAAUGGGCUAGAUGGUAUCAUAUUGCUUCUACUGGAUUCACAGUUGUUGCCAUCUUUCUGCUUGCAAAGCAUGCACUUCAGCAUGUGCUUGAGAAAAGGCGACGUUGGGAAUUGCAGAAAAGGGUUCUUGCUGCUGCUGCUGCACGGCAAGCAUGCAAUUCUGAAGGAUUGAAUCAAGAGUCUGAAAAAGAGCCAGAUAAUAUGAACAAAAAUCUGGCAUUAGACAUAUGUGUGAUCUGCCUUGAGCAAGAAUACAAUGCUGUUUUUGUCCCGUGUGGUCACAUGUGUUGCUGCGUCACAUGCUCCGUGCACCUAACAAGCUGCCCGCUGUGUCGCAAACGAAUCGAUCAAGCCAUCAAGACCUUUCGCCAUUGAUCCACGAUAUGAAAGCUCAGCCAUUCCAUGCCAUUCUUCAAAGAGAGAUUCUCCAAUGCCAGUUCUGACCUUUACUUCUCAGCUUUGUGCUCCGAGUUCAACCACAAGUAGCAUUAGGAGGAAAUCACACAUUUUUUUAGUAAAUGGUGGUUGAAAUUUGAUGGACCGAUCAAAUUGGUUAAUGUGUGUAAAUUAGUUCAACAAAUGAAUAUAUUUGUAGAGAGUAGGAUAUUUAUACACACCUUAGUAUCCUCUAAUUAACUUCACUCAACUUUAGUUUCUAGAUAAGUUCUUAAGUUUUGUACCAAUCAUUUUUCUAUUUAUUAACUUCACUCAUCUUUAUUUUUGGAAGAUAUGUUGCCUUCCGAAUUAUGGUACAAUGAUGAGAAUAUUCAGUGA